AUGGAGGAAAAGCUACCCGGUUACAAGGCCAGGAGAACGCGGGCUGAAGUGAUGACCAGCCUCAUACGCUCCUUCCGCCAGAUGAUUGCCAUCUACGAUGAGGGGGUGGCCAUCACCCCUUUAGCAAAAGGGAACGCUCGGCGGGCGUUACUGUAUAAGGAAUACCAGGUGCGCCGAGUGUUCCUAAAUUACCUAGACCUGCACCUGAAAGAAUUACGGGCGGCAUUGAACAACUAUCCAGGGGGAGUGUCGCCGAAAGGCGAAUAUAAAACACUCCCGAAAGCCCAGGGAACAACCAAUAAGGACUAUCAAGAAGAUUCAGGAAAAAAGAAGAAGCCGGCUUUAAAGUCGUCAGCGUUCACUUCAGCGGGAAAAAGAUAA